ACUUCCGGCGGGGGAGAGCGCGAGGGCGAGCACCCGGUCACCAUGGCAACCGCGGGCGCGUCUCCUUUCGAGCCAUGGCGAAAUGGGGGUUGCUGCGCAGGUCGAUCGUAGGCGACCGAGGUAUUUUGCCUCUCCACCGUCCCUCUGAGGAAGCGGCCGCAAGAUAAUGUGCCGGUUUCAGCCUCCUGCGCCACCCGCAGUCACAAUGCCUUGGGGAUGCGGCUCUCGCCCAUCUCCUCCCGCCGCAUCGCCCUUAUUCGUUUUACCGGCUCACAGCCGGUAGUCCUAACCGCCUCUGCUCAGAAACGAGCAGCCCCUUUUCGUAGAGUCGAGAGUGGUCAGGUUGGAAGGGACCCCGAGAAUCGUCUAGUCUAGGGUUUCCCAAACUUGACUCCUCCCCAGCCCAGCUGCUUUUGGACUACAAUUCCCAUCAUCCCUGUCCACUGGUCCUGCUAGGUAGGGGUGAUAGGAGUUGUAGUCCAAAAAAAACAGGAUCCCUUGAAUGGUUUUAACAAAGAAUCAGUAAAAAGAGUGUUUUUCUCUCUACAGAUGCUGAAGUUUACAAAAUAUCGUUUGUAUUUCCCAAUGGAGACAAGUAUGGUAAAAAAAAAAAGUCAGAUAUUGUACUGUUUUUUUAAAAAAAAUAAUUGUAACUGUUUUAGUUUUUUAUUUGAUAUUUUUCAAAAUGAAAUGAACAACGAUAAUGGAAUGUUAAUAAUAAUAAUAAUAAUAAUGGAAGGCAAUGAAGGGCUUAUUAAAGCAAGGUGGUGAGUUAUGAUAAGUGGAAAGCUUCCUCCAUUUACCCUCGUUCCAAACCUCUUCCAAAAUUCCAGCAGUAUGUCUCCUCAUAACUAAGAUAUGAUUGAGAGGUAGACAGAUCUUAUUGAAAUCAGCUGAUUUCCCCCCUCCCCCUCCUAGUAAGCAUUCAGGUUGCAUGCAUAAAGUCUGAUGGCUGCCUGGAUGUGCUACUUUUUUAUUUUUAACUUCACACAGAGCAUUCUAGCCCAUCCUGAUUCCAGUACUGGGAUGGGGGGUAGCUGGAAACACUUUUACUUCACAGUAUGAGAUAAAGCAGUGGGGUCAGGAAGUUACUUCCAGUGGCAUAUUCUGAAGGAUUCUGGAAAAGGUUGAACUACUCUAGUUCUUAACUCUAGUUCUUAAUUAAAAUCUAGUCUAAUGUUUGUUGGAUUUUCCCCACCUAUUUUUUAUUUUGCUUAGAGGGUGACUGUACAAGAACAAUUGAGGGAGUCCUUGAGAGGAGUGGAUAUGGAGUUCAUACUACUCCAGAUGGAAUUAUUUACCAAGGAAACUGGAAGAAUGAUAAGGUAUCUGCAAAUAUAAAAACAAUUAAUUUUAAGCUCCUUGCCUAAAGAAACUUGAAUCAAUAAAAUUAUGUCAGAGUCUUUUUUGUUCCAAUUGAGUUAUUAAAUAUAUGUUAAAGACAAAAUACAUUGCUUACAUUAAUUAAGGGCAUGCUUGGGCUUAGCUGUUUUAUUCUUCCGAGUAAUGCAUUAAUAGCACAAUCUCAACAUAAAUUCACUUUACUUUGUUGAGCUUUGCUCCUAGAUAAACUUCUGUGCAUGCCUGCUCAAGACUAAAGCCCAGUGGGACUUACUCCUAAGUAAGCAUGUAGAGGAUUGCUAUUUCAAUGGUUAUUUGAAUUCUUAUGCAAUGCUACUGUGAGUUACUGUGGUCGCAAUAGUGGUAAGCUUUUGCGUGGAGUUUGGUUUUGACCUGACAACCUGUAAAGUUUAUUUUUCUCUCUUUUCUUGUUCUAUGUGUUUUGGAAAUGACAGUGAAGAAAUAAAUCCUGGGUUGUAUUCAAUGGUGGCUUUGCCUUAGCAGAAAGCACUUCAACUUGCAUAUGUUGGGACAUCUGAUUUUUGCCAAUCCUACUCCCUUACUUUCUGCAGCGCUUAGUGACAUGUCCUAUUCUGUUCUGGGGAUGUCCUCCAAUCCUCGGGAGCAGCUUUGAGGAGGUAACUUAAGUAAAAUCAAGCUCUUUCCGCUGCAGCAGAACCACCAUUAGAUACAACCACUGUCUGGUACUGUAUGCAACAGGCCAUUGGCUUAAGUCGGGCAUCCCCAAACUCAGCCCUCCAGAUGUUUUGGGACUACAAUUCCCAUCAUCCCUUACCACUGGUCCUGUUAGCUAGGGAUGAUGGGAGUUGUAGUUCCAAAACAUCUGGAGGGCUGAGUUUGGGGGUGCCUGGCUUAAGUUAGUUAGUACUUAUUUAUUGUACUUCUCCUUGGAACAUUAGUAACAAGGCAGGGCUCUGGAAAGGACUAUUUGUGGAUAAAUUGUUUGAUUACGUAAUCCAUCUUGAAUGGCUUUGUGUCUUUUAGAGGUUUUGUGGUCUCACCUCCAAUCUCAGCGUAUCGUGUGCCCUGUUUCAGUGCAGUACAUCUGAUUUACUUCAAGGCAAAAGAGCCAAUCAGGAAGACUGGGAUCUUGUGAUGUUUUCCAGUUUUACACACCCACACCCAUAUCGCUGAGGAGCCAAAGAUGAACAAGGGGGCAGACUUCCCAGUCUUAAGAACAGGCCAAUGGCCCACCUAGUCCAGCAUCCGGUUCACAUAGUGGCCAACCAGAUGUCUAUAGGAAGCCUGAAAGCAGGACUCAAGUCUGUUAGCACUCUCCCAUCACCAUGAGACAAAAGUGUAGUUCCAAAAUUCUUUGGGAGAUGCCAUGAUUUGAAAAGUGGCGACCUGACAACAGGGCAAAAAAAUCAAAACCUUUUAAAAUGAGGCAUUUAAUGAUUAGGGAAAUGGUAUUUAAAUUUUGUCAGUAUUAUGAAUGUUGCGCUUGUAAGGUUUGUAAAGCCAAUGUUUAAAGAUGAAGCAUUUCUGUUAACAAAGGUGACACAUCUAAAUUGAGGGGAAAUAAAAGAUGGAGUCACCUUUCUAGGAAUGGAUAUUAAUUUGUCAAUUCCACCUCCUGUUAAAUCAGAUGAAUGGUUUCGGAAGGCUGGAACAUCCUUCAGGUGCAGUUUAUGAAGGCGAGUUCUAUAACAACAUGUUUCAUGGAACAGGAACCUACAUAUUUACCAAUGGAGCCAAGUACACUGGACAGUUCUGUGAAAACAAGUAAGCUGAAAGGGACAUAACCACAAGUUUGUUCCACAACCACAAGUUGUGGAAUAUAUUCACCCUUAAUCAGUAUACAGGCUUUGCACUUAAAGUGAACCUUAGUUUGCUUCUUCCUACCCAUGUAGGUUAGGGUGAUCGCUCUCCAAAUACAUAUUUUGACUGGAUCCAAACUGCGGUUAGAAAGGCACAUGAUGCAGCAAACUUGCUGAAACUAACAAAAUGUGGUUAUUCCACUGUGGUUCUAUGAGAGAGUUGUUGGAAUAUUCUAGAAGAAACUUGUAAAUGGCCUUGAACAAGUUUAUAAGCAACAGAAAAUUUCCCCAGCAACAGGUGUCCUUCAUCAGGGCAUGUGAUUAAUGAGUAUGUAAAUGAGUCAGUAUUAUGACAGUAUUAUGUUGGCUAAAAGGAGAAAAAGAUUGUUUCUUUAUUUGUUUUUUUCUUCAUUAAUGACCAAUGUAAAGUUUUGUAAAUAAUAAAGACUCCAAGAAACAGAACCAAAUGGUGUUUAUUCCUAUAAUGGGAAUUUCACUAAGAGAUAGCUGGAAAGCUGCUGCUGUAAAGAAGUAGGAAAACUUUUCUGUAAAAAGAAUUCUGCUGCAGAAAUAAUGAAAACCCAAGAGUAGAUGCUCACGCAUCAACAGGAAUAAAUAAUAUAAAUGUAAAAAUUGAAAUUAAAAGUACAAAUUACUUAGCAGGAUCAAUAUGGUAGUACAAUUUCUGUUACACAAAACUAGCAACUCCAAAGCUUCUAACAGGCAUCUCUCUUAUGAGGUACUUUCUGUUUCACUGCCUAAUUCAGCACUACCACCGCUAAGAAUUAGACAUCUGAAAGUGCUGCUGUACAUCAUUAGCCAUACUUCUGUGACUGCAGCCUUCAUUUUUAAAUGCUGUUUUUGUUCUGUUCCAGGCUGCAAGGGAACGGAGAAUUUAAAGACACACAGGGCCUGGAAUGGGACGGCACAUUUCAUUACACAGCAGCACCAGGGCUGAAGCUAAAGUUGGAAAUGUAGGAUAAUUUGUACUGGAAGAAAGGCAGUAAACAGUUGUUAUCCAGGCUGUUUCACAAUAAAUAAUCUAUUAGUUCAUUGAUAAGAAAAUAUUGUUCUUAAAUAGAGGUGAGCAAAUAAAGCAAGCAUUAGACUUAAUUUUUGUUUUGUUUGAGUUUUGUUAUGUUGUUUAGCCUGAUUUCCCCCUUCAUUUUACUGUAACUGCAAAUGUUACAAUCAUCCUAAUAAAAGAUUUAUCAAU